UUGGAGCCCGAUUGUGCAAUACAUGCACGGAUAGCAUCAUGGAGCUAGCCUAUUCUGGCAAUUCCACCUUCCAUGUCGAUCACACCUUAUCAAGCCUCGAACAUACACAUGGCACCUGAAUCAGCAUCCGCAAGCCACGAGACGCAGAGAGUAUGUAUAAUAAGAACCCUGCAAGAUAAAAGACUCCAGAGUCGAGCUUCAUACUUGCGGAUUUUGCGCUAUGGCUGACAAAGUCGUCGAGCCGCUGGCUGAGCAAGCGCAAGACGGGGAGGUGACAAAACCCGUCUCACGGUUUACGCGAUGGUAUCGAAGUCCUCUCUUCAAUGUCAUUGUGGUGGGCUUCAUUAGCUUUACACAACCCGGAAUCUGGAAUGCUCUCAACAAUGUGGGAGCUGGGGGUCAGCAAGAACCAUAUCUCGUCAAUGGUGCCAACUCUCUAACCUUUGGAAUCAUGGUGUUUGGCUGCUCCAUUUUCGCCAUCCUCGCAAACAAGUUCGGCCUGAAGAACGUCCUGAUUCUUGGAACUCUUGGUUACGCACCCUACUCAGCCGCUCUGUACGUAAACAACAGGUACGGCACUGAAUGGUUCGUCCUCGUCGGCGGCGCUACCUGCGGUCUUGCAGCUUCCGCGCUGUGGGCAUCCGAAGGCGCUAUCGCACUAGGCUAUGCGAGCAUCGAAGACCGUGGAAAGUUCACAGGUAUCUGGCUAGGACUGCGCGAACUCGGACAGCUGAUCGGCUCCUCCGUCCAACUUUCCCUCAACUACAAGAGCGGCCAGCGCGGCAAAGUCGGCUACACGACAUACAUCGUCCUGAUCGCACUCCAAUGUCUCGGCCUUCCCCUCGCACUCCUCGUCUCGCCGCCACAAAAGAUCAUCCACCGCGACGGCCGCAAAGUACCCGACCCAACCAAAAACAAAGCCCUCAUGAAAGAAGUCGGCCGCUGGUGGGCACUACUCAAAGACCCGCGCUUCUACCUCCUGAUCCCCGUGAUGGUCGGUUUCAACUGGAACAACACGUACCAGGGCAUCUACCUAACACGCUACUUCUCCGUGCGUGCCCGUACGCUCGGUGCUCUGACGUCCGGGGUUGCGGCAUCGAUUGCGAAUAUACUGUGGGGCUGGUUCUACGACACGAGGUGGUUCAGCCGGCCGGCGCUGGCGAAGGGGACGUGGGUGUUUUUCUCGGUGAUGAUGCUGGCGCUAUUCGGGUGGCAGGUGGCCAACGAGAAAUUGUAUUCUGAGGCUGUGCCCAAAGUUACGCUGGACUGGGAUCUGCCUGGGUUCGGACGGGGGUUCGCGGUCAACGUAUUGUUCAGAUUCAUGAACGAGUCGCACUAUAUGUUCGUAUACUGGAUACUCGGCGCCUUCUUUGACGACAUCGAGACACUGACUCUGGCUGUGGGUUUGCUUCGGUCCUUUGAAUCAGUGGGCUCGUGUCUCGCGUUCGGGAUUGGCGCGGCGAAGAUCAAGCCGAUGAUCAACCUCAUCGUUGCGUUCGUUAUGUUCUCUGUUACUAUUCCAUCGACAUUUGCAGCAACCUUCUUGGUGCCUGAGCGUCCGGUGAAUGAGCGCAAGGCUUUAGCAGAUGAUGAGAGCCUUGAGAUCGAGAAAUAGAUUUACAAGUGGGAAAGAAGCUUCGCAUUGCACCAUAUCUUAGAGACAAUAGUCACUACGGUAGAGCAGACUGAAAUUUCUUGUGAAAAAUGAGCUAGGCACGAGUGCUGUAUUUUUAAUUCUGAGCAGAGUUGGCUACAAACAUAUGUGUGAUGGCGAACGGACUGGCAGAAGACCGGUGGAGGCUAUCACUGCCGAAUCAUGUACUGCUCACUAUCAGGCUACAAAGACAUUUCCAACACAGGCUGCACGCACUCAAGCCUCAUGCUAGUGGUAUGCAGUGCGACACAGCCUUGUUUACUCUCACAGU